CACAAAGCCAUGUCUCUGGUCCUAUUCGUGCCUAACGAGCAGUCACCAUGUUGUCGUGCGCGGUAGCAUUUGCCUUCCUCAGCUUUAUUGUUGGCUGCUUCGCCGCAGAUCAGGACAUCCUUACGAUCCUCAACCAACAGAGCGGCGUAUCAACGUUUAUUUCCCUGCUCGAACAAUUUCCUGAUUUGGUCGAUACAUUGAAUGGAGGGUCUUUCAGUGUCCUCGCACCGAACGAUAAAGCGAUAGCGGCCUUCGCAGAUGCCAAUCCUUAUGUGACCUCGCAAGAAGACGCGGUACUAGCCUUGUUGCAAUAUCACUGUGUCAAUGGCACCCACCCCUCAGCUGGUUUCGGUCUUCAGCCGCUAUUUGCCCCAACCCUUCUCACCAACUCAAGCUAUACCAACGUGACGGGAGGACAAGUGGUGGACAUAACGUCGCAAGAUGGCACACCCACAAUUCUGACCGGAGUCAAGGCUGCGUCGCAUCUCGUCGAAGCUGAUAUCUUCUACCUCGGCGGACUCAUCCAUAUUAUCGAUGCGGUGUUGACCAUACCACUUUCGUUACCAGCAACAAUCACGAAAGCCGGGCUAACCGAUCUCAUUGCCUUGUUGAACAAGGGAGGAUAUUUGACACCAGACUCGCCAGCCGUGACUAUCGUAAAUACCCUUUCCGACCUUACAGUAUGGGGCCCAAACAAUCCCCAGUUUGGCGCAUCAUUCACUGGCUGGGACGGUCUGUCCAACGCCGACAAACUUGAGAUAUUCGAGUACAGUAUCACUCAAGGACAGGUCGUUUAUUCAUCAGAUUUCAAAAACAAUUCUGAGCUUCUGACCCUGGACAAACUAUCUUUGACAAUGACAAACACAAGUGGUGCGUUCUACGUCGACACUUCCAAAAUCACAACCUCAGACUAUCUUGUCUCCAAUGGCGUGCUGCAAAUUCUUGACAGUCCCUUGAACCCCAACACCACCGGUCAACGCCCAGCCUCUCUCCCUUCCGUUUCGAGCGGCGGAUCCAGCGGGCUCAGCGCUACUGCUGGAGCAGGAAUUGGCAUCGCCAUCGGUGCCGUCGUUCUUGGCGGUGCCCUUGCGACAGCCCUGUACAUACGGACAAAGCGUCGUCGACGAGGACAAAUGGGCGAAAGGCAGAUGCUCGACGGCGAGUCUCGAGAGCGCGUUGUAUAUCGUUCCGAUCCCAGUGAACCUCCCCCAACAUACGAACUUGAUACAAAGUCAAUACGUGGAGGUCGAGAUGGCGGUAGGAAUGGUGGUGGAGGUGGUACCACCACACACGUCUUCGAAGUUCAUCAUCCUCCGAAGCCGCCCUCACCACUGGAGAUCGAUGGCACAGAAAGAAGUCGGAUCAGUAUCACGAUUCAAGGCAGUCCUCCACGACAUCUGGGCUUCCAAGCACGAUACUGAUGACGAUUCUCAUAUACAUGCCCAUACGCACUGACGGAGGAAAAGGCCCUCGAAUUACGAGGACAGUUUGUUAGACUCCCGGUGCUUUGAUGUUGACGUCCCAGAUAAUGAACAUUCUUCUACCCUGUUCGGCGUUGGUGGGAGGUCGGUGGGUCUAUUUGAGGACCUGCACAAAGCUGUACCAGCAUAUUGUACAAGAAAGUUUAUUCAGCU